AUGUCGAGCAUAGUCAGGGAUUGUUACUUCAAUUUUGCCCGAGGAGUGGGUCAGUUCCAAAGUGACAAUCCCAACGUCUUGCCGGGAAUGAGUGGAUGCAAAGAGAAUAAAUGGGAUUUGACCACCUGUGAAAGUGCAUGCCCACUCUGUUUCAAUGGCGGUAUUUGUGACGACCGGAGUGGAGACUGCAUUUGCCCGCCUGGAUUUAGUGGCGAUAUCUGCGAAACUCCUGAAGGCCCUAACCGUUUUGGUCAAUCGGGAAGUUUCGGCUGCGACUCCUCUGAGUUAGGAGGCGGUCCUACGUGUGCAGGGAUGCUGUUCUGUUUACCAGAUCCUUAUGGCUGCUCGUGCGCUGCAGGGUACCAAGGAAUCGAUUGCGAUGAAACAUGUGCUGAAGGUUUUUAUGGAGCAAACUGUGAACAGAGGUGUCACUGCAUGGACGGGGUUUCGUGCAACGCAACAACGGGCGAGUGUCGUGGAAACUGCGCGCCAGGAUACACAGGAAUCAACUGUCAAGAAAAGUUGACCUUUGACGAUUUCACCUGUAUCACCAAGCCCCGUAUUGAUAUCGACAGUGAAUACACCUACAUCGCAGCCUAUCUACAUGGCGGUAAUGCCAACCUGUCCUUCGCUCGAACAACCUACACGUACACAAGCGUCGAUAACAUAAACGACCCGUUAGGGCUACCUUCAUACCACCGUUUGAAACCACGCUCGUCAUCAGAGGGAGAUGAAAUCUCUAUUCUUCGAUUGCCAGCGGCUGGAGGGAAGACUAGGAUUGGAGCCUUUGCCUGUAAUGCUAUGAUAGCAGGAAGUGGUAACGUCAGCAUUGGUACCGUCAUCAUGAGCAAAACAGCUGACUUCCUGCCUACCCGAGUGAGUCAGACAGUAUACCGGGGAGAUGCUGUCAAUCUGACCGUCACUGCAACAGCCCGUACCAACACUCGAUGGAGAAAGGAUGGCGGUGAAGUCUUCCCGGGCAGACACGGCAGUCUUUACUUGGAUUUCAUCAAUGCCAGUGUUGCAGACACCGGAAUCUAUGAGGCUCAUUUUGCCGGGAAGCGUAGUGAUGGAAAGCAGGCACUCAUGCGGUUGAUUGUCAGAGGAUGCAAAAGGAAUAAAUGGAACCCGCCAUUGUGCAAUGCAGAUUGUCCAGUCUGUUUCAAUGGCGGUAUUUGUGACGAUCGGAGUGGAGAAUGCAUUUGCCCGCCUGGAUUUAGUGGCGAUUUCUGCGGAAUACCUGAAGGCCCGAACCGUUUUGGACAGUCAGGAAGUUUUCGCUGUGAAGAGUUAGGAGGCGGUCCUACGUGUGCAGGGAUGUUGUUCUGUUUACCAGAUCCUUUUGGCUGCUCGUGUGCUGCGGGAUAUCAAGGAAUCGAUUGCGAUGAAACUUGUGCUGAAGGUUUCUACGGAGCAGACUGUGCACAGACAUGUCACUGCAUGGACGGGAUUGCAUGCGACGAAACUACAGGCCAGUGUCCCAGGGACUGCGCCCUAGGAUUCAUAGGCAUCAACUGCCAAGCUUGUGACAAUUACACAUAUGGACAAGACUGUCGCCUUUGUCACUGCAUGGACGGGGUCGCGUGCAACAGAACUACGGGCGAGUGCUUCGGAGACUGCGCGCCAGAAUUCACAGGGCUGAACUGCCAAGAAAUUUGUCUUCCGUAUAAUGGAAUAGCAUCGUGCAGUACAACUUGCACAGAAUUCCCAGACUCAGCUACCGAGUCCUUUGUACCACAGAACGUUUCAUCUUUUACUCUGGAUGACAGUGAUGCGAGCAGGACGUUUACUUGGCAGCCCGUGAGUUGUCCAAAUGGCGUCAUGAUUGUGAAUUACGUGUACAAGUUCGGGCUAGUUGAGAGUGACCAGGAACUUGAAGCAGUACGGGCUGAAGGCAACUCUGUAUCUGUACACCUGUCACCAUGUGGUACACGGUAUGGAUUUGAGGUAGCUGCUGAAACCACCGAAGGCAUCGGAUCAUUCAGCUACAAACAUUUAUUUACGUCUAAUUCAAAAGUCCCAGAUGCUGUUGACAAACUGACCGUUGAGGGCACCAGUCACAAUAGCGUGAGUCUAUUAUGGGACGCACCGGGAACUAGCCAAGAGUACCCUUGUCUUGCAUCCGACUACUUGGUGACCUUUGACCUCAUAAACCUGGAGCAGUGUCUAGAGGUCCAUCAACAUGGCGGAUCCGUGACCACCACUGACACCAGCAUCACUCUACAAGGACUGAAGGCGUACUCUACUUACAAUGUGUCUAUUACACCGCGAAAUGAAGCCGGAAACGGCACGAUAUCGUCUCUUCGAUUUAUAACUAGGGAAACCAUUCCACAGGUUCUACCCGAAUUCAUCGGUAGUCCAGCAACGACUGACAGUAUCACGUGGACAUGGAACCCCAUACCCUGUGGGAAGAAAGGUGGCAAUAUUAUAGGCUAUGAAACACGUCUGACAAGCUCAAGUCUGAUAAACAGGACGAGUACCUCAACCACAUCAGUGACACACACCGAUUUAGAACCCUGUACAAAUUACACUCUGGGUGUCAGUGCAUAUUCAAGUAAAAGGAGUGGACUGUGGUUAACUGUGCAUCAACGAACGGCCACUGAUGUACCAGGUCCUGUAUCACACAUAUUCAUACUUGCCAUUUCACGUGAACGAAACGAAUUCGACGUUCGUUGGACCUCCCCCAAAGGACCCUGUCCUGCGACAUCUUACAAAGUCACCUACGAGCUGAUCAGAAUGGACCGAUGCAUGCAGCAGAAUCCACCAAUCGUAAUAGAUGUAGGAACAGUCGACACCACUCACGUUACGAUCCACCUACCUGCGUAUUACUCAAAAUACAGAGUGAACGUUGCGCCAAUCAAUGAAGCUGGACACGCUCAAGGCAGUUUCAAAAUUAUAGUCACUAACGAAAACGUACCAUCUGCAUCACCGGUAAUCCGAGGUACUGCAACCAACGACAGCGUCACGUUCUCCUGGGAUCCCAUCCCUUGUGGCAGUAGACGUGGCAACAUUACGCACUACGAGUACAGAUUCAAAGGGCCAAGACCACAAGAAAAAGGAAAAACCAACGAGAAGAGUAACAUCUCCAAGCUGUCGGUUACCUUUCGUGAUUUAUCACCAUGUACCACUUACUCAAUCAGAGUUCGAGCAUUUACUCGCAUAGGAGCAGGUCUGUGGGCAAACUGGACACACCAAGAUACAGUCGUAAUAGAUGAAAUCCAAUCCUUUAACCUCGAUCCUUCAACCAAUAAAAUCAGGACCUCUUGGACAACUGCUGGGAACGAGGACAACCCUUGCCCUGUGACCUCGUAUCGCGUUAGUUACCAACUUCUCAAUUUGGAACAGUGCCAACCACGGACCGAUCUUGCCGUUAUAAAUAAGACAGUUGUAAAUGGCAGUGGCAUCGAAUUCACAUCAAUGCAUGCUUACUCUACGUACAACGUGCAAGUCGUACCAGCAAAUAAUGCUGGCGCGAAAUACAGGAAGAGCAAGACAGUUACGACCGACGAGGGAGUGCCAUUGGCUGCUCCGGUAGUCGACACAAUGCUCCCAUUCAAUCAGAGCGUUCGAGUGUCUUGGCAUCCCAUUCCCUGCGGCAAACGAGGCGGUAACAUCACAGGCUACACGUACGAGCUGCGUGACGCAUCUGGGUCCAUGGUAAAAACAGCCGACACCACGGCAGAGUCUGUUGAAGUUGAUGGUCUGUCACAGGGGGCGUCCUACCUCUUCAGGCUGUGGGCGUUCACGCGUGUAGGACCGGGACCCUGGAAGGAAGGAGAUUUUGAGAUUCCCAAAGACGAUGCUGCUCCGCCUACUCCGCCUGGGAGUAGUCCUGCGGGCUCAGUUUUGGGCGUGGUCGUCUUCAUCUUGGUAGUUGCGGUUCUUGCUCUCCUGAUAGUUGUCGUUGUCAAGAAACGACGACAGCAGAGGACCAAGGCACUGAGCAAGGACAUUACUGGCGACUGUGUCCAGGAUAUUUAUGGGAAAGGAGACCAAGUUGGAGUUGAGCUGAAGAAUCUGCCGUCUACGUCUGGUUACAAGCCAUACGCUACAAAGGAUCAUGAACCAGUGGUGUCAUCUACUAAUCCACCAAAGUCAACCGAUCAAGUAGCUGUUGAUGUGUUGCCAAAAGUGGGACCAUCCACUGAUUCAGCAUCAGCAUCUGGUCCAUCCACAUCCACUAAGGCUCCCGUGAAGCCCAAACCGUACGUCAAUCCUUCCACCAAGCCCAAGCUGAAGGCUUCGGCAAAGACAUCUCCGAGUUUCUCCCAAGCCGGCCCAGUUGCCAUGGCUCAACUGGCUGAAUACAUCAAGAGUAGAACAGCUGGGAAGAUCAAUGGAUUCCAACAAGACUAUGAAUCGAUUCAAAGUGUACCUAUCCACUCUUGGAAUGUUGCCAAACUGGAGCAUAACAAGAAGAAUAAUCGAUACAACAACAUCUUGGCAUAUGACCAUUCUCGCGUGGUCUUGGAGUGUCUUGAAGAUAACCCACACUCAGACUACAUCAAUGCCUCCUACAUCAAUGGCUACAAGCAUGACUCAAAGUAUAUUGCCAGCCAGGGUCCUACCAAGGCAUCAGUGCGGGACAUGUGGCGCAUGGUGUGGCAGGAACGAGUAGGAAAGAUCGUCAUGCUGACGAACUUAAUCGAAAAUGGCAAGGGGAAAUGCGAGCAAUACUGGCCAGCGAGUGAGGGCAGCGCCAACUACGGAGAUCUGUUCGUCCGUCACGUGGACGAAACAAAACACGCAAAUUUCAUUGAAAGGAUUUUCCACUUGUCGAAGAGCACUGAGCCUGAGGGUGAAUACCGUGAGUUAACCCAGUUCCACUACACCACCUGGCCAGACAUGAAACCACCAGAGUCAUCUCCGUUACUUCAGUUUGUCAGAAGGGUCCGAGCAACAGACGCUUCACAACAUGGACCUAUGGUUGUCCACUGCAGUGCUGGAGUUGGCCGCACAGGAACCUUCAUCACUUUGGACUCCAUGCUUGAGAUGGCGGAGGCAGAGGGCCAAGUCGAUGUCUUGAGGUUUGUACGCGAUAUGAGGGAUCAGCGCUUCCUUAUGGUCCAAACUCUGGAUCAAUACAAGUUCAUCUUCGAUGCUCUGUUGGAGUCAAGUCUGUCAGAGAACACGGCCAUCAGUGCUGAUCGCUUCCAUCAGAGCUUCGCUAAACUCAAGAAACGGGACAAGAAGACAGGGACAACUGGCAUCGAGGCGCAGUUCCAGAUGUUGGAGUCGUUCACUGCCUCACCGAGCGAGGAGCAGUGUAUGGGAGGGAGAAGCGCCGCCAACGUUGACAAGAACAGAUUCAAAGACUGCAUUCCUAAAGACAGCACCCGACCGUAUCUGAUGACCAAAGGUGACGAAGGAAGUACCAACUACAUCAACGCUACAUUCCUGGAUGGUUAUAACAGCAAGCAUGCCUACCUUGCCACCCAGGCACCUCUGCCUAACACACGGGGUGAUAUGUGGAGGAUGGUGUUUGACUACAAAGCAUCUUGCAUUGUCAUGCUCAAUUCUAUGGACAAUGACCCGAGCGUUGUCCAGUAUUGGCCAGAGAAGGACAGUUUGGAGUUCGGACCACUUACCGUUACACUGACGAAUGAGGACCGGUAUAGCGAGGAUAUUAUCAUACGGCAGUUUGAUGUUAGCUAUCCCGCUAGGAAGAAUGACGAGGUUCAGAGCGUCUGUCAGAUCCAAUACCUGGGAUGGCCCCCAGGGAAGGAGGUUCCAAGAUCCCCGUCUAGUCUCCUCAAGGUGCUGGAGGCUGUUAAGAUGUGGACGACCGACCACCCUGAUGGACCCAUCACUGUCCACUGCAUAGACGGUGUUGGAUGCAGCGGAACCUUCUGCGCCUUACUCACACUCCUGGACCAACUUGCAGUGGAGAAAGACGUAGACGUCUUCCAAGCCAUCAAGAAACUCCGCAUCACCCGGGCUGGGAUGGUCAACACUUUGGCUCAGUACCAACUGUGCUACCAGGUGAUCCAAACCUACUUGGAUUCGGGCUCAAUCUACGAGAACUAUUGAUGCACCAGUGUGGAACAAGUUAUUUAACAUCAUAAAUGUCAGAUUUGCAUGUCCAUUAAUUUGUAACUGAUACCUAAAGUUUUUGUAACGUCAGACAGGAUUUUUAAAAGGUAGGUUUCGCUUCUACCUCGGUAUGAAAUCUAGUUUCAAUUCUAGCUAAGCAAAUUUCUGUUCGUCUUGGGGCCCAGGCUACUAGCCUUUUUGUUCCUAUCUCGCUGACUGACUUUCUGACUGACUGACAAGACUGUUUGCGGUACGGAGCGCUGGGCAGUGUUAUCGUAUAGGAUUACCCCGUAAUGUGCUAAAUCUGGGUCAUUGUGAAGACCAGGGCCCAAUUUCACGGCGCUGCUAAAAAGCAC